AUCACGUAUGUUUUUAACUAUAAGUAUCGAUAAAAAAAAAUAUUAGUAAACACUAACGUCGAUAGAACCAUCUAUAGAAAACUUGUAACAAUCGAAAAUAAAUCAUAAUUAACGGAAGAUUCUGAUAACUUUUCAAUAGUCAUUAUCAAAGCCGACAUGUUCGUCAUGAUGAAGUUAAUGGCAAUAUUCGUUGUGCUGCUUCAUGCUGGGGAUCUUAUUGAUGCUUGCGGUCGAAAUGUAGUUAACCGGAGAACUGUUUCUGUACCAUCCAAACCUUUUCUCAUUGAUCAACAGACUCCAGUUUACUUUCUCAGAGAGAGAGAUUUCUCUUUGAAAACUUUGGGUAUUUUAAAUAACACAAGAAAGAUAAAUUAUAUGAAGUUCCAUAAAAACGAUAGCGAUAUCAAGCCAUACACCUUGUUCUUGAAAACGAUCGUUAUUGUCGACGAAGAUAUGUAUACUUACAAAUACGGAAACCAAAUUUUUGAUCGUAUUAUGUCAUUUAUGUCAAAUGUGGAGUCAUCCGCUAAUAAUGAAACUAUAUUUCCGAAAGUAAAAUUAGUUGUCACUGCCAUCAUCGCAGCAAUAGAACCGAAAGCUUUGCCAUUUUUGGAGCCGGACGGUGAUACGUUAGAUCUUAAUUCGAAUCCGAAACCGUUGAAUGUUACGCAACAGUGGUUAUCAUCUCAUAGUAAAGAGUUAGGAGAUGGAAUGGAUUACGAUUUUGCACUUGUAAUUUCAGGAGCUGACUACUCGCGUCCAGGAUGGGGAUUGAUUAAUCGUUAUGGAUCAUUUAAUUGUAAAUCAGAAGAAUCGUCAAAAAAUACUCCACCAGUCAUAAUUAUCUCUGAUGCUGUACCAAAUAACUAUUACGCUCUUGUUUUUUAUCAAUUCAUGGAUUUGAUUCGACCGCAGUUGAGAAAUUGGCCAUGUGACAACGCUUUCUUAACUGGUAAUUAUGAAUACGAUAAUUGUUAUCGUUCAGUCGUACAAUCAGAUUUCUACAUUACUUUUCCGAGAUGUUUGUUUAGGAAACCAGCAUUUUUGAAUUAAUAUUAUGAAUUUUGAUAAUGAAUAUCAAACGAAGUUGUUCCAUGUUACUAUUGAAUAAUACAUGAAUAAAAAAUAUAUUCCUUCAC